AUGGAUCCACCGAUUCCCAUGAGUCCACAAUCCACAGAAAAUAAUCAAACCCGAAACGAGAUCACCAUCACCGAAAUGCAGUUGAAUACCGGUGAAAACCAACGUGAAUUCAGGCUCAAAAUAGGGGAUCGCCCUUCCAUUCAUGUGACAGUCACCCCCUCAGCCACAGUGGUAGAUCAAUGGAUCACCCAAACUGUCAAUUAUGACAUGCAAAAACUUGUUGGUCGCCUUCUAGUUGGUCUUGGGGUCCGCUGGUUCGAGAACAACCACAAUGCUGAUACCCUGCAAUUGUGCGUUGGUGACCGCUGCCUAAUCUUUCAACUCACUCGAGCUGACGCAGUUCCUUUAAAUUUCCGAAGCUUUCUCAUGGACAAAAGAAUAAAUUUCGUCGGGAUUCAUAACAGUGAGCAUAAACAGAAGUUGUUGCAUUCAAGGCACCGGUUGGAGAUUAGCAAUAGAGUCUUUGAUUUGAGAUUCCAUGCCAAAGACAACAAUGGAAACAGUCUCCAAUAUACUCCAGCGGGUAUGAUUAAGCAACAAUAUUUGUCUCUUCGCGCAAAUGUCGUCAGUUUGAAGGAUCAUCAUCGGAUAUGGAGUGCGGUAAAUCUUACACUGAAGCAGAUUAAGUUCGCUUGCAUUGAUGCUUAUGCCCCCUAUCGGCUUGGAAUGUGUGUGGCUGCUUCGGAGUUUGAAGUGGAUGGUUGA